AUGCCACAGCUUCAGUCCAAAUUUCUCUCGAGGGAACCCCUGGAUUCCAAAGACGCUCGCUGGAAGCGCUUAGUUAAAACACAUUACAGUGACCCCAAUGGAGUACAACGGGACUGGGAGUCAGCCGAGCGUCAGACAAGACCUAAAGACUCCCUUGUGGACGGAGUCAACAUCGUAGCCUUCUUGAAUAAAUCCACUGGCUCGGAACUACUUCUCGAAAAGCAAUACCGACCACCAAUUGAUCAAGUUGUCAUUGAGCUUCCGGCGGGUCUGAUAGAUGCUGGGGAAACCGCCGAACAAACGGCAGUUCGGGAACUCAGAGAGGAGACUGGGUUUGUUGGUGUUGCUACGAAAUGUACUGGGAUCAUGUAUAAUGAUCCUGGGUUCUGCAAUGCUAAUUUCAACAUGGUAUAUAUCCAGGUUGACAUGUCGCUUCCGGAAAACCAGAAUCCGAAGCCCAAUCUUGAGGAUAACGAGUUUAUUGAAUGUUUUACGGUCCCGGUUGAGCGGCUGAGUAUGGAGCUUAAGAAGCUUGAGAAGGAAGGUUAUGCUAUUGAUGCCCGUGUUGGAUCUAUAGCUGAAGGGAUUGAGAUUGCGAGGAGUUUCAAGUUUUGA